UCGUAGUCACACAUGGAUUAUACUCUUCUUUUCGCUGUUUUUUGUUUGUUUCUGCCUUAGAGGAAAACUUUCUCACUAACUGUUUUGAAGUGGGACUGCUUCCUAGUGACGGAGCCAUGAUUAUUUGCCUGUUAAGAUGGACUUCUUUCCUUUGGACUGUACAUUUCAUUCCUUGCACUUUUGGAAUGGCACUGAGUGAACGAACAGAUGGCUCUUGUCCCCCUCUGAGUGUAGAGGAUCACAUGUUUUCUGAUGUCUUAGAUCGUCCCCUGGAAAUCACAGGAUUUGACCUCACAGAAAAGUUUCUUCUCCGAAAGGGAACGAUCACAGAGGACCUGCCGUCGUUUCGUUUAGGAGGCAGUCCACUCAUUAAGCCAACAAAAGAAAUAUUUCCAAGUGGGCUUUCAAGUGAAUACUCCCUUGUCACCAUCUUCCGGGUAAGAAGAACGACAAAAAAAGACCGCUGGUAUCUUUGGCAGAUAUUCGACCAGUCGGGAGGUAGUCAGGUAUCUGUUGUGGUGGAUGGUGGCAAGAAGGUGUUGGAGUUUUCUUUCCACAGCCAGCUAAAGAACAAUCUCCGCUACACAUUUAAGAGCCGUGACCUACAUGCCCUUUUUGAUCGCCAGUGGCACAAGCUGAGCAUUUCAGUACAGAGCAACAUCGUCUCCAUUUACAUGGACUGCAAGCUAAUAGAAAGGAGACUGACUGAUGAGAAGGACGACAUUUACUCCAGUGGGCGCACUCUCAUCACCACACGAAUUGAGGAUGGACGACCUGUAGAUAUUGAACUGAAACAAAUACUGAUCUACUGUGACCCUUAUAUGGCCGAAAUGGAAAACUGCUGUGACCUGCUGGGGCCAAAGUGUGAAGCCAAGAAGACCUUUAAUGGGACUUCACCUCCCCUGGUUACAUCCCAGCUCCCCCAGAUGCUGUCUCAGCCGGCCUCAAAGUCAAUUGACAGAUGUCACUGUCCAGCUGAAAAGGGAGAUGCUGGUCUUCCAGGACUCCCAGGAUUAAAUGGAGAGAAAGGAGACAAGGGGGACACGGGGGAGGACGGGCCUUCAGGAAACCUAGGACAUAAGGGGGAACUUGGAUCAGAUGGGAAAAAGGGAAUCGAUGGGGAGAAGGGUCUAAAAGGUGACCCAGGGCCAGUUGGUCCAGUUGGUCCUGAAGGCAACAAAGGUGAUGAAGGUCUGCCUGGAGAUCCGGGGCUGCCAGCUGACAAAGAAUGUCUCAAAGGAGAUCAGGGCCCUCCAGGUGACAAAGGAGAGGAGGGAUUUGCUGGGGUGCCGGGUCAGCCAGGGGAACCAGGCAAAGAGGGCAAAAGGGGACGGAGAGGAAAGACUGGGGAGCCUGGACUCAGAGGCCUGCCUGGUCCCCCAGGAACCCUGGAAGGAGCAAGUGUCAAGGUGGAGCGGGGUGAGUCUGCAGUCCCGUGGGGAAAAGGAGAGAAAGGAGACCCUGGUCAGCCAAGUGCGGAAGGGGCCGGCGAGAUGAAAGGAGAAAAAGGUGACGUUGGGCCUCCUGGUCCUCCUGGUCCCGUGAUGACAGCUCAUGGAUUAAGACAGCUCUCUGAAACUGACGAAAUGAAGGAGAAGGGAGAAAAGGGAGAUGAGGGGGAGAGAGGAACUCAAGGACCGCUAGGCUUCAAGGGAAACAUCGGGCCGCCAGGACUCAAGGGGGAUCAAGGACCAGAGGGUAAGCGAGGCCUGCCUGGACCCACUGGUCUCCCAGGACUGCCAGGCGAGCCAGGCUCGCUAGGGGAGUCAGGGUUGCCUGGGAGAGAUGGCCUGAAAGGAGAAAAGGGCGAUGGGUUGUCUCCAAGCAGAGGGACUCGCGGGCCCAAGGGUGAGAGAGGUGUCCCAGGACUGCCAGGAGACCAUGCUGAAAAAGGCGAACCUGGAGAGAGUAUCAUAGGCUCGCCUGGCCGCAUGGGACCCCAAGGAAAGCAGGGAAUUGAGGGCCCUCGUGGAACCCCAGGUUUAUCUGGCUCUCCUGGAGCUCCGGGAAGAGAGGGCUCCUCUGGUAGGCCAGGACCUCCGGGCCCUGCUGGACCCCCAGGUGAACGAACUGCCCUACCAAUUGUUGGAGACAUGAGUGCAUUACUCAAGAAUGCCUGCAGUGUGUGCCUGACGAGAAUCCCAGGGCUUCCUGGGCAGAAGGGGGAGAAGGGGUCCCAUGGAGCGCAAGGAGUAGAAGGCAUGGUGGGAGAAAAGGGAGAUCCAGGUGUAAGGGGUCCUAUGGGUAACCCUGGGAAGGAAGGCCCAAAGGGAGUCAAAGGAGAGAGAGGGUUCCCAGGCCCCACGGGAGAUAAAGGUGACGAGGCAACUCCUGGAGUACCAGGACUUCCUGGUGUGACCGGUCGCACAGGGGCCCCGGGGCUUCUGGGUAGACCUGGGCCAAUGGGCCAACUAGGAGGCAAAGGAGAAAGAGGAAAUGAAGGACCCACGGGCAGACCCGGGCUUCCAGGGCCUCCGGGCAAUGGGAUGAGCAGUCUGUACAAGCUCCAGAGUGGUGGAGCUAUUUUAGGACCCCCUGGAGCUCCCGGCACUCCGGGUCUCAAAGGAGACGAAGGACUUGCAGGGGAACCAGGGGCCAUGGGAUUACCCGGGCUUGAAGGGCUACCCGGUGCCAAGGGUGAUAACGGUUUGCUUGGUCCACCUGGGAUACAAGGUUCUCCAGGGAAGCCCGGCACUCGUGGAGAGCCAGGGAUCCCAGGAGAGCCGGGUGAGAGGGGGCCGCUCGGAGAGACAGGAUUCCCGGGGCCCGAGGGACCUCAAGGUGUUGCUGGGAGACCUGGAAAAGAUGGAACUCCUGGAUACAAGGGAUCAACAGGUGUAACAGGGGACAGAGGAUCCAAAGGAGAACGUGGUGAUCCAGGGAUUCCUGGAGAAAGAGGUGUUCAAGGCGAGAGGGGCCGCGCAGGAGAUUCCGGACAGAUCGGACCACUAGGUGAUAAAGGAGAUCCUGGCCCCCCAGGACAUUUGGAGACUGUAAACCUCUUGGGUGAUACCAGCUUCAUGGAAGAACUCAAAAUGUUCAUCAGAAAAGAAGUACUGAGGGUCUUCGAAGAGAAGCUAUCGAGCACUGCCGUGCAGCAGAAGACACCUGCAGGGAUCUUGGCUUCACAAAUCCACGGGCCUCCAGGACCUCCUGGAAAAGACGGAUUACCAGGAACGCCAGGAGAGCCCGGACCUCCUGGUACUAAUGGGUACAGGGGUCAGAAAGGAGAACGAGGCCAGCUCGGUCUGGGGUUACCAGGAGACACCGGAUCCACGGGGCCGCCAGGCCCUCCUGGGAUCACUACUCAGGGCCCCCCUGGCUCUCCGGGGCCCCGUGGACCUCAUGGGACAUGCGACUCCAGUGACUGUCUCCUUCCACCCCUUUGAACCCAGCAGACGAUGUUCCAGUGCUGACGUCCAGCUCAGUGCUGCAGCCACAGAGCAGGAGACGGUCGGCCUCGCUUCCUCAGCUCUGGUUUAUCGGACAGACUCACAACUGACCUCUUUUGAUCACUUUACAACAGCAUUUGUAUGCAGUCAGGAUUAUUCUUUGAUGGGUUUUGUUUUGAAUGGAAAAGAAAAUCUUUUGAGGUUUUUUUUCUUUAUUUUGCAAUGCUGUACUUUAAAGUUAUUUCUUGCUUUCACAUCCCCUACUGUUAUGUAAUUCAUUCCUUGUUAACUCUCAUUAUGUCUUCCAAGACCAUGAAAUGACUUUGUUUCAUCAAGUUCAGUCCUGUCAAAAAAACAUGAUCUUAAUUGUUUGUUUGCCUCCUUAAUGGGCGUGCCUUUUCACUCUUCUGUCCUUAUUUGGAUAAGCCAAUGUGCUGGCAGAAGGUACAUCUCACAUUUGUGUGUGUGUGUGUGUGUGUGUGUGUGUGUGUGUGUGCGUGUGUGUGUGUGUGUGUGUGUGAGAGAGAGACAGCGAGAAAGAGAUUAGCUGAAUGAAUAUCCUUGUUUUAUGUGGAGGUGUGAGAAAAUAUUUGAUUUUUGAAAGUCCUUAUGCAACCAAAGUGCAUCAGAUGUUUCUGAUAUGGAAAUUAUUUAUUAGAAGCGUGUUCUUCAAGAAUGUACGUAAAGAUGGAAAUAAUAAUUGUAGUAAAUGUAGCAUGGAUAUUCAGUAAUGUUAUUACUAGAAGUUGGAUUAAUGCAUUUUUGGAUUACUGAUAUGCAUUAUCACUGACACAUUUACAUUGUGCAUGAUCAUCAUUUUUUCAAAGAAUCUGCAGUAUAAUCAUUGACAUUGAAUCAUUUCUGUCUGUUGUCUGUCGGUUACGUGUCGGUGCUGACCGCCAUAUCUUUUGUACUACAAAAACCUCCAGCUCGUACUUUUUGUCUGAAACUACUGUGUUUGUAAUACAUCGAGGGCAGAUUUGAAGAAUGUACUUUAAAUGUUGUGUUUAUUUAAUGAGUGUGACGUGGCCUCACAUUCACCUCUACUGUUGGUUUAUUCUGAAGAGAAGUUGAAUGAGUGAUUGUGAUUUUUCUUUUUUUCUUCCUGUCUAAUGGGGCCUGUAAUGGGACCUGACAAUACAAUUACAUAAGCAAGUUGUCAUUGUAAUGAUCUGAUGUGUGUGUGUGUGUGUGUGUGUGUGUGUGCGUGUGUGUGUGUGUGUGUGUGUGUGUGUGAGUGUGUGUGUGUGUGUGUGUGUGUGUGUGAGAUGGUGGUUAUUAACAUUUACUGUUUACAUGGUGUUGUGUAUGAUGAUUCCUCUGGUUUAUUUGUAUAUUUAUGAUUUUCAGCCACAAAAAGGAAAUCGGACUACUUCACUAUAACUUCAGACUUUUGCUUUUGGUGUGCUCAUUAUCGUACUUGAACCUUCUCAUUGUUUUAACAGUAUCAUGGUCUACAUCCUGGUUUUUACUCACUGACCAGCACUGUGUGUCACUAUGUAUUGUCUCGCGGUUUGGAUUUAUUUAUUUGCUAUAAGAGGUUUUAAAGCCAUUUUAAUGUUCUCAACUAAUUUCAGAAGGUUUUGAGUCAACGUUACCAAAAAGUAAACUUUAUAAUCACGCAAAACAUUUAACUUUUAUAUAUUGUCUUAAAGCUUUUAUUUUGAGCGCUGUUUAAUGAGUUUUGACUCAAAGGCUUUAAUUUUACUUCUAAGUGUCCUGAUGUGAUUAAUGUUUGAAAACUUCUGUGGGUGUAUAUCUGACAUUUUGUGCCGUUAUAAACUUGGUUCUUUCUGAAUAUCAUCCGUUAAGAUCUGUUUGACACUUUUCUUUUUUAGUUCAUCAUACUGAACAUCAUAAAAAGUCAUCAGGCUUCUUUUACACAUAUGAAUCAAGAGUAUUCUUUCUCAGCAUGCAGGCUUGGUUUUAUCUCUAUCCGUGUGAGUGGGUCUAAUUUCAGAUGGGUAUUGAAUCAAAUGUCUGCCGCUGCUUUCAUUUGUGAGUUUAAAGAGCCCCCUGCUGGACACGCAGCAUUCAUUUUCUCAUUGCUUGUAAUGUGAAUGGAAAACAAUCUUUCUUUGGGUUAUAGGCUACAUAAAAUCCCCUCCUUUUAUUGGCUUCUGCCCUUUCAUCAUGCCAAUUUAAUAUUUGUUUUAAUGGGUUCCCCUUGGAGAGAAUAACGCCAACCUUGACCAAAUUCAAAAUGAGGCAGCAUCAGUGGACUAAUGUGAUCUGAACUUGUUGGUGUACUGUUGAGAGCAAACUCUGCGCAUAUUGAAUUUAUCUUGAAUUGAUAUUAAUGUGCGCCGGUUUGUGACUUUAAUUUAGCUAAACUGUAUGAUAACUAGAGAGGACACAAAAUGGCCACUAAUGUCACAGCCCACUUCACUAGCAAUUUGGUGCCAGCCAGUUUUACAUCGCUCCGAGUUAAAAUCCAUUUAUUCUAAGUGUAAAAUGUUAGAUGAAAGCAAACUGAAACGAUGGAGGUUGGAGCAUCCUUCAAAUCGAGUGACGUUAAACAUCCAAAGAUUGGCUUGUCAAAUAAGGCAAAAGUCCUUUGAAACAAUAUGUGUUAUACUUUAUAUUUCAUUAUUGCUUUUUUUUAUUGUAAUGUAAGUUGAUCCUGUUGCAGCAUAUAAUCUAAUCUUGUAAAUAAGCUUGUAAUGAGGGGGAAUAUGGAUCAGCCUCUCAGCACGGUCCCUCGGAUUAAAAACGUCUGCCUGCUGCUCUCAAUGUAACUCCUCUCUGCUCCUCUGUAAGCUCAUGUCCUGCUGUGGGACUUGAAUGUGUCUUUUUGAAAGUCUUUGUUCUGUUUAAUAUCUACCUCAGUCUUGGUUUACCACAUGUCUACAUGAUUAGCCAUUUUAGAGAAGAAGAAAAAAAGAAUACAACAAACUGUUGCCUUUUACUGAAAAAAGUAAUCGAUACCUCAUCUGUAUGUAGAAACAGACAGUCCUGGAUGUUGACAUCAGUGUGCUGCAGGUCGACUUACUGGACUUUCGACAAAGA